UUCUAUCAUGUGACCUGCCCUCCCACUGUGCCAACAUGGCGACGCCCAGGUCCUAAUCCGGGAAACGUGCACCCAGGCUAAUACGGUCCUGGACGCCGGGAGCGAAGGCUCGGCAGGGAGAGGCUCCCGCGGAUGCCCCGUGCGAGAAUCGGUCUGUGGCUAAGUCUAACUCUCCGCUCCACGCGCAGUCUCUGCAGAGCCGGGUUUAUGGAGGGGCAGCCGCAAGGGCCGCCGAAUCCAGCCGGCAUGGAGAACGGCACCGAGCCCUGCGGAGAAGAGCGAGCAUCCGAGGCUCAGGAGACGACGGUCACCGAGGGGGCCGCCAAGAUAGCCUUCCCCAGCGCCAACGAAGUCUUCUACAACCCGGUGCAAGAGUUCAACCGGGACCUGACAUGUGCCGUGAUCACCGAGUUUGCUCGCAUUCAGCUUGGGGCCAAAGGAAUCCAGAUCAAGGUGCCAGGUGAGAAGGACGUGCAAAAGGUGGUCGUGGACUUGUCAGAGCAAGAGGAGGAAAAGGCUGAACUGAAAAAGGGUGCAAACCUGGCCCCGGGAGACCAACCUCGAACGGCUGCCGUUGGGGAGAUCUGCGAGGAAGGCCUUCGAGUGCUAGAGGGUCUGGCAGCCUCGGGCCUACGUUCCAUUCGCUUUGCACGAGAGGUGCCUGGACUCCAGUCUGUAGUUGCCAACGAUGCCUCUGCCCGAGCCGUGGAUCUCAUGUGCCGUAAUGUGCAGCUCAACGCUGUGGCCCACCUGGUACAUCCCAGGCAGGCCGAUGCCAGGAUGCUGAUGUACCAGCACCAGAGGGCAUCGGAGCGGUUUGACGUCAUCGACCUGGACCCGUAUGGCAGCCCCGCCCCCUUCUUGGAUGCAGCCGUGCAGGCUGUGAGCGAAGGAGGUCUGCUGUGCGUCACCUGCACCGACAUGGCAGUGCUGGCGGGGAACAGCGGGGAGACCUGUUACAGCAAGUACGGGGCCAUGGCCCUCAAGAGCCGGGCCUGCCAUGAGAUGGCCCUGAGGAUCGUCCUGCACAGCCUGGACCUCCGAGCCAACUGCUACCAGCGCUUUGUGGUGCCACUGCUCAGCGUCAGCGCUGACUUCUACGUGAGAGUUUUUGUCCGCGUCUUCACCGGCCAGGCCAAAGUCAAGGCCUCAGCCAGCAAGCAGGCACUGGUGUUCCAGUGUGUGGGCUGCGGGACCUUUCACCUCCAGCGCCUUGGCAAAACGUCCGGAGCCUCUGGCGGCCGGGUCAAGUUCUCUGCGGCCUGUGGUCCCCCGAUCAGCCCUGAGUGUGAGCACUGUGGGCAGCGACACCAGCUUGGCGGUCCCCUGUGGGCGGAGCCCAUCCACGACCUGGACUUCGUGGGGCGCGUGCUGCAGGCUGUGAGCACCAAUCCUGGCCGCUUCCACACCUCAGAGCGAAUCCAGGGGGUCCUGAGCGUCAUCACUGAGGAGCUCCCGGACGUGCCUCUCUACUACACGCUGGACCAGCUGAGCAGCACUAUCCGCUGCAGCACGCCCAGCCUCCUGCAGCUGCGGUCAGCCCUCCUCCAUGCCGGCUUCCGGGUCUCACUCUCCCACGCCUGUAAGAAUGCCGUGAAGACGGAUGCCCCCUCCUCAGCCCUCUGGGACAUCAUGCGCUGCUGGGAAAAGGAGUGUCCGGUGAAGCGGGAAAGGCUGUCAGAGGCCAGCCCUGCGUUCCGUAUCCUCAGCGUGGAGCCCAGGCUGCAGGCCAACUUCGCCGUCCGGGAUGACGCCAACCCCAGCUCCCGCCAGCGAGGACUCAAGCGCUUCCAGGCUAAUCCUGAGGCCAACUGGGGCCCCCGGCCCCGUGCCCGGCCAGGGGGCAAGGCCGCAGGUGGAGCUAUGGAGGAGAGACGCAGGGUGCACCAGAAUAAGAGAAAGGAGCCAGCUGAGGACCCGGUCCAGCGGGCUGCCCGGCUCAAGACCUUUCCCUGUAAAAGAUUCAAGGAGGGCACCUGUCAACGCGGGGACCAGUGCUGCUACUCCCACAGCCCGCCAGCACCCGAGGACACCGCUGCAGCCGCCUCCCCUGACCAUCCCAAGACCUCUUACCAGAACCCGCCUGGGUCUGGCGUUGCCGCUGGUCCGGGUGUAGACUGAGCCAAUAAAGAUAUGUCACCUUUCCGACUGCCA